ACUACAGUCUUCCGCUCUACCAACUGAGCUAAGGGCCGGAUUGUUCUCAUGUACUUUAUAGAAAUGCUUUUGUACUGUUAUUUCGCCUUGACUUUCGCACGACAUUGUCAUGGCAAUGAAGAAAAAUGUACGUCAUUAGUGACAGACGAUCACACUAUGACUGUUUGAGAGAAAAGACAGCCUGUUCUUAUAUCACUCGAAUAGUACGUUAUCGCUCAGAAGCUUAUGAAUAAGGAAUUUCCUGACAAUGUAUGGUCUCUCACAUUGAAAGCAUUGAUAAUGGUAGCAAAACAGAUAGAAACGGAUACCAUGACCGUAUCUCACUUAUUAAAUAGGCCAUCAGCAAAAGCAGACAUAGGCCGCUUUUUCAUCCAUUUUAAUUACCAGUUGUUGAUCCUGUAAGUAAGCGCUUGGCUAAGGAUAAAAAAAAACCCCCAAAGGCACACCAUUCGACAGCAAUAAGCUCUUA